CUUCUUCCUGGAAGGGAGGCAGUAUCACGCCCCCUGCUUGCGCUGUGUUGCCAAAGCUACAUGUUCUGAACCCAGAUAACCAAAAGCGAGCGACAACAACCGACUGCGUCAAACACAGAGUGCCUCUUAACUGUCGUUGAAACAGAGCAUUUUCCACCAUGGCUGGUUCUAUUAAAAAUGUGGCGCUAUUUGGAUCUACUGGAAUGACUGGGCUGGUGACCUUACCGCAAGCGGUUGCUGCAGGCUACAACGUGACGGUGCUGGUGCGCGACCCGGCCAGGCUGCCGGCGGAGCAUAAGGCCUGUAGAGUGGUAGUCGGGGACGUGCUGAAGAAGGAGGACGUGAAGAAAACCCUGGAGGGACAGGACGCCGUCAUCAUCGUACUGGGGACCAGGACUGACCUCAGUCCAACUACCAUGAUGUCUGAGGGGACAAGAAACAUCAUAGAGGUCAUGAAAGCCAGAGGGAUUCGCAAAGUUAUUGGAUGCAUGUCCGCCUUCCUCCUGUGGGACCGCUCCAAGGUGCCCCCUCGCCUGGUGCCCGUCACGGAGGACCACGACAGGAUGUACAGCGUGCUGAAGGAGUCCGGACUAGACUACGUAGCCGUCAUGCCCCCUCACAUCGCUGACAACCACCCUCUGACUAUGAAGUACACGGUGACUGAAAACAUGCUGAAAGGCAGAGUCAUCUCCAAGUUUGACCUUGGACACUUCUUUGUCCAAUGUCUCUCCACCUCAGACUGGGAUGGAAAGACUGUUGGGGUCUGUGGGGAGUACAGUUAAAAGUUCUCUCUGAUUUUUAAAAAUAUAAAUAAAAUGAAAACCUAUAUUUUUAUAUGGUAUAGCCGAGUUUUUGUUUGUUUCUGAGUAACUGUGUUACUGACCCAUACUGAUGUACUAAAACUGGCAUACAGCUUGUGUGUGUGUGUGUGUGUGCUCGUGCGCACGCGUGUGAGUGCGCGUGUGUGUGCACGUGCGCAGGUGUGUGUGUGUGUGUGUGUGUGUGUGUGUGUGUGUGUGUGUGUGUGUGUGUGUGUGUGUGUGUGUGUGUGUGUGUGUGUGUGUGUGUGUGUGUGUGUGUGUGUGUGUGUGCAUUUGAGUUUUUUGUGAUAAUGUGAUUAACACAGCUAACAGAAUAAGUAGAAAUACAGUGGCCAUGAUCUAAAAAAAAACUUUUUGGGGAGACUGUACAUCUUAUUGAACAUGAGUUACAAACUCAAAGCAAUGUAGGUCAUCCCAAAAACAUUUCAGUUACUGGUUUACACAGUAGGGUGCAAGUUUUUUUUUUCUCUCUCUCUUAAAUUGAUAAAAAUGAUUAUUAAACUUUUCUUAAAUGGAAUCUGUCUCACAUGUUAUGUUUCUGGUUGUUGCGUUUUGUUUGUGUAUAAUGUUUGUUUAUUAUGAUUUAGAGCAGGGUGGGGAACGUUUCAAGGUCUGUUUACGGCCUUUGAGGCUGUUUCAUCCGGCCCCGAUGUAAUUUUAAUGUUACUGUUAAUGUUUUAAUGUUAUGCAGCUUCACAUGAAAUCUGACAUAUUUUGUAAUGCAAUCCUAGACAAUACAUUUGCUAUAUACACUUCAGUUAUAUUCAGGGGACCUAGAGAAGGUGGGUCUGUUUUAAAGGUGGCUGCCUUCAAUAUAGGACUAAAGUGCAGGGGGGAAUCCUGGUUUGUGUUCAUAGUAUGGCCCUAGGAGGACUUUUACGGCCCUCGGAUGAAUUUGAAGUGGCCCCUCGAAUGAAAAAGGUUCCCCACUAUUUGGAGCAUAAGAGUAAUUUCAACAAAUUUGUGUUAGACUUAUAUCUAGAUAUAUAUUUUAAGUGAACUUGAAAUAAAAACCCACUGUUUGAAAAAUAAGAA